AUGUAUGUGUACAAUUACCAUAAUUAUGUUAACAAGUAUCAAGUCAAAAGCUCAUGUUUGGAUUAGUUCACAGCCUAAGGCUGAAUCUAUGUCGAGUGUUAUGGAGUGGAGGAAUACGUAGGGUAGGGCAGCAUGGUGUACCACAGCCCCAGGAAUGCGAUGCCACCACCUUUGACGCGGACGUGAACCUCUUGGAGAUCAAGCGAUGGAAUGUGCUAAAACCGUGUCUCCAAAGUCCAAACGAAUCUGUCAAAAUCCAGACAGAUUUUAGCCGUGCAACGUUCAUCGGCAGAUUCCUGUCUUCAUUAAUUCUCACUCAUACAGCAACCCACCCCACUUGAAAUUUCCAAGUCCUCACCCAAGCACUUUAUAAAGCCCUGUUUCCUUCCUCGGUCUUCAACUUUCCAUAACAGAUAUCAUCCUCAAUUUCUAAUUUCUUUUUCACUCUCUCUCGCUCUCUGACAACCCCUGAAAGGAUUCAGAAACCGUACAAAGGUUUUCAAGAAGUUUCAUUGGUUGGCUGAUAGAAAUGAAGCUAAUUAAAGCUGGAGAAAAAAGAUAUGCUCUCUUGCUGGCAGCCAGGGACUCUGACUAUGUGAAGAAAGAAUAUGGGGGUUAUUUCAAUGUGUUUGUUGCUGCUUUUGGAGAAGAAGGAGAACGCUGGGACUUGUUCAGGGUUGUUGAUGGAGAGUUCCCUGACAUGAAUGAGCUCCAUAAAUAUGAUGGGUUUGUAGUCAGUGGCAGUCCCUAUGAUGCUUAUGGGAAUGACCACUGGAUUCUCAAGCUUUGCUUCCUGCUGCAAACACUUGAUGCCAUGGAGAAGAAAGUUCUUGGGAUCUGCUUUGGCCAUCAGGUUUUAUGCAGGUCAUUGGGGGGAAGAGUUGGGAAGGCAUGUACUGGAUGGGAUAUUGGGCUGAGGAAAGUAAAGAUUGUGAAAGAUUUGUCGGCGUCCAGCUUCCUGGAGGACUUGGAUGAAAUACCCCCUUCUCUUUCGAUUAUAGAGUGCCACCAGGAUGAGGUAUGGGAGGUCCCUAUGGGAGCUGAAGUGAUUGCAUUCUCAGACAAGACAGGUGUUGAGAUGUUUGCAAUUGGGCAACAUAUUCUUGGCAUUCAAGGCCACCCUGAGUACUCCAAGGACAUCCUUUACAACCUCAUCGAUCGCCUUCUCAAUAACAAUUCCAUUGAGAGAGAUUUUGCUGAGAACGCCAAAGUUGGCUUAGAGAUAGCUGAACCUGAUAGGAAAUGCUGGGAAACGAUAUGCAGGAAUUUUCUCAGGAGAAGACAGAAUUUUACCUUUUCUCCAAUCUGAUAAAGGGUUAUCUUUGACUCGCUGGAAUCCUGCGGGAUCAAGUUUCUUGGAACUAACCCAAGUAUCUAACACGGUUAAACCUUCCUUAUACUUUGUAUGCUUUCUGUGUCUUUCGUUGUCAUAUAACAAAGUCAAAUAUAUUGGCCA